AUGGCACAAAGCAAUGAACAGACUAAACUAAAACCUCAACUGCUUAAAUCAUCAAGUUUCGCAUGGGAUAAAGCCUUUUUCACUAGUGAUGGUAUUCUUGAUGAGGAUGAGUUGUCAAGCAUAAUUGAAGCAGAUAGGAACAAUGUCAAACACCAAUUACAACCACUUGAAGAGAUUAAAAAUCUCGAAGCUGAAUUGUUCCAAGAGAUGGAAGAAGCUUCAACCAAAAAAUUCAACAAGAUCAAAACAAAACCAACAACAUCAAGACACAAUUCUCCAUUAAACAACGUUAAAUCCUCAACAACCAUUACAAGAAACAACACAAGAUCCAAAACUGGUAAAGCCAAAUCUGAUUCACCCUCUAAAUCUCAUCUUCCAUCUCACAUUCCUUCAAGAACAUCAUCACCUAGUAGUCCCAAUAGUCCAGGGUCACCAGGAUCAUCAUCUUCAACCUUUUCUCUGAAUCAAAGAUCAUCAAGAGGUAAUACCAGUGCUCCACGUAGAUCCUCAUCAACCAAUGCACGAAGAAAAGAUGAACAAAAACCUGGUAAACAAUUGAUCAUCACCUUGAAGAAUAAAUCAUCACCAGUUCACUCUCAUCAUCCUUCAUCACCUUUAGGGCUAUCCAGCUCCUCUUCAAGCACAUCACUCACAUCAUCAUCAUUAUCAUCAACCUAUAAAGUCAACCAAAGGUCAAUAUCAACAGGUAGGGGUACUACCCUUCAACACAUGUCAUCAUCAAACCGUGAUUCAUCCGCCAACUCAUCUUUGAAAACACGUCCCACUAGUCAAACUCCAGAUCGUAUCAUAAAACAGUCAACAACAUUGUACCCACGAACCAAGACUUCACUCUUUGAGGAUCAUGGAAAAGAGAGAAAGAUUCAAGCAAAAAAGACAGGUGAAAGAAGUAGUAGUCCAGGAGCUUCAAGAGUACAAACAAGUGGUAAAGAAAGAGAAAGAGUGUCGAGUAGUGUAUCAUUAAAAGGUGUGAGAAAUAUAUUUGUGGUGUCUCCUGAAAUUAUGGACAUAAAAGGGAAACUAAAUGCAUUGAAGAUGGAAAUAAAUAUGCAAAAGAGAGAGAAAUGCAAGGAAACCAAAAUGGUUCCUGUGAAGAUUGGUAAAAGUGAAUCAAGUUCUUCUGGCAUAUUCAAGAACUCAUCCAGCAAAAUGAACAAUCAAGCAAGACGUACGUGAACAAUCAAGCAUCAGACGUUGUUGUGUUAUUAUGUUGGUUAAUGCAUGGUUUUUAACUUUUAACAACACUCAUGGCUUGUUUAUAUCAAAGAUACAUCAAUGGACGCAUCUCACUUUGCUUGAUUAUUAUAGGUAAUGUUUCAUUGAUUAGAAGAAGAAGCCAAUUUUUUUUUUUUUUUUUCAUAAAAUAACAGUCUGCUUAUUGAUUUGUUCACUUGU